CCGGGCGCUCGCAGGGGGAGCUGCUGCAGGCUCCGCGGCGGCGGCGGCAACGGAGGCUGCGGGGGCGGCGGCGCGAGCGGCCGGGCUUGGGGGGGGUGCCGAGCCCGGCCCGGGAGCCCGAGCAGCGAGAGCGCGGGAUACCUAGGCCCCUCACGUUGGAGUCCACAGUCUCCGGGCCGCCUGACCUCCGCACGGGUAUAUGGGAUGGAAGCGGGACCCUCGGGAGCAGCUGCGGGCGCCUACCUGCCCCCCCUGCAGCAGGUAUUCCAGGCACCUCGACGGCCUGGCAUUGGCACUGUGGGGAAACCAAUCAAGCUCUUGGCCAAUUACUUUGAGGUGGACAUUCCUAAGAUCGACGUCUACCACUACGAGGUGGACAUCAAGCCGGAUAAGUGUCCUCGCAGAGUUAAUCGGGAAGUGGUGGAAUACAUGGUCCAGCAUUUCAAGCCUCAGAUCUUUGGUGAUCGCAAGCCCGUGUAUGAUGGAAAGAAGAACAUUUACACUGUCACAGCACUGCCCAUUGGCAACGAACGGGUCGACUUUGAGGUGACAAUCCCUGGGGAAGGGAAGGAUCGAAUUUUUAAGGUCUCCAUCAAGUGGCUAGCCAUUGUGAGCUGGCGCAUGCUGCAUGAGGCCCUGGUCAGUGGCCAGAUCCCUGUUCCCCUGGAGUCGGUGCAAGCCUUGGAUGUGGCCAUGAGGCACCUGGCAUCCAUGAGGUACACCCCUGUGGGCCGCUCCUUCUUCUCACCGCCUGAGGGCUACUACCACCCGCUGGGGGGUGGGCGCGAGGUCUGGUUCGGCUUUCACCAGUCUGUGCGCCCUGCCAUGUGGAAGAUGAUGCUCAACAUUGAUGUCUCAGCCACUGCCUUCUACAAGGCACAGCCAGUGAUUGAGUUCAUGUGUGAGGUGUUGGACAUCAGGAACAUAGACGAGCAGCCCAAGCCCCUCACGGACUCUCAGCGUGUUCGCUUUACCAAGGAAAUUAAGGGCCUGAAGGUGGAAGUGACCCAUUGUGGACAGAUGAAGAGGAAAUACCGUGUGUGUAAUGUUACCCGCCGCCCUGCUAGCCAUCAGACGUUUCCCUUGCAGCUGGAAAGUGGACAGACUGUAGAGUGCACAGUGGCACAAUAUUUCAAGCAGAAAUACAACCUUCAGCUCAAGUAUCCCCACCUACCUUGCCUGCAAGUUGGCCAAGAACAAAAGCAUACCUAUUUGCCCCUAGAGGUCUGUAACAUUGUGGCUGGGCAGCGCUGCAUAAAGAAGCUGACUGACAACCAGACUUCAACCAUGAUAAAGGCUACAGCUAGGUCAGCCCCAGACAGACAGGAGGAGAUAAGUCGCCUGAUGAAGAAUGCCAGCUACAACCUAGAUCCCUACAUCCAGGAAUUUGGAAUCAAAGUGAAAGAUGACAUGACGGAGGUGACGGGGCGAGUGCUGCCGGCGCCCAUCUUGCAGUACGGCGGCCGGAACCGGGCCAUUGCCACACCCAAUCAAGGUGUUUGGGACAUGCGGGGGAAACAGUUCUACAAUGGGAUUGAGAUCAAAGUCUGGGCCAUCGCCUGCUUCGCACCCCAAAAACAGUGUCGAGAAGAGGUGCUCAAGAACUUCACAGACCAGCUGCGGAAGAUUUCCAAGGAUGCAGGGAUGCCCAUCCAGGGUCAGCCUUGUUUCUGCAAAUACGCACAAGGGGCUGACAGCGUGGAGCCCAUGUUCCGGCAUCUCAAGAACACCUACUCAGGGCUGCAGCUCAUUAUCGUCAUCCUGCCAGGGAAGACGCCAGUGUAUGCUGAGGUGAAACGAGUUGGAGAUACUCUUUUGGGAAUGGCAACACAGUGUGUGCAGGUGAAGAACGUGGUCAAGACCUCGCCUCAGACUCUAUCCAACCUCUGCCUCAAGAUCAAUGUCAAACUUGGUGGCAUUAACAACAUCCUAGUCCCACACCAGCGCUCUGCUGUCUUUCAACAGCCAGUGAUAUUCCUAGGAGCAGAUGUUACACACCCCCCAGCAGGGGAUGGGAAAAAACCUUCUAUCACAGCAGUAGUAGGCAGUAUGGAUGCCCACCCCAGCCGAUACUGUGCUACUGUGCGGGUACAGCGACCACGGCAGGAGAUCAUUGAAGACUUGUCCUACAUGGUGCGUGAGCUGCUCAUCCAAUUCUACAAGUCUACCCGCUUCAAGCCGACGCGCAUCAUCUUCUAUCGAGAUGGGGUCCCAGAAGGCCAGCUUCCCCAGAUCCUCCACUAUGAGCUACUGGCCAUUCGCGAUGCCUGCAUCAAACUGGAAAAGGACUACCAGCCUGGGAUCACUUACAUUGUGGUGCAGAAACGCCAUCACACCCGCCUUUUUUGUGCUGACAAGAAUGAGCGAAUUGGGAAGAGUGGUAACAUCCCAGCUGGGACCACUGUGGACACCAACAUCACCCACCCAUUUGAGUUUGACUUCUAUCUGUGCAGCCAUGCAGGCAUCCAGGGUACCAGCCGACCAUCCCAUUACUAUGUCCUUUGGGAUGACAACCGUUUCACAGCGGAUGAGCUUCAGAUAUUGACAUACCAGCUGUGCCACACUUAUGUACGAUGCACACGUUCCGUCUCUAUCCCAGCACCAGCCUACUAUGCCCGCCUAGUGGCUUUCCGGGCACGAUACCACCUGGUGGACAAGGAGCAUGACAGUGGAGAGGGGAGCCACAUAUCGGGGCAGAGCAAUGGGCGGGACCCCCAGGCCCUGGCCAAAGCCGUGCAGGUUCACCAGGAUACUCUGCGCACCAUGUACUUCGCUUGAAGGCAGAACGCUGUUACCUCACUGGAUAGAAGAAAGCUUUCCAAGCCCCAGGAGCUGUGCCGCCCAAAUCCAGAGGAAGCAAGGAGGAGGGAGGUGGGGUAGGGAGGAGUGUAGGAGGCCUUGUUUCUUUCUACAGAGGGGGUGUAACGGUGGGGAAUAGGGCCAGCAAGACAGACCACCAGCCAGAAUCUCUGAUAUUAACCUCAUGCUCCCCACCCCUCACCUCAUCUCGUCACAUCUGGCCCUGACCCCACUGGACCAAGAGGGGCAGCACUGGUGCCCACCAUACACACAGGUGUCUCAUGUGACUCACAGUGCUAACUAAAGACUCAUGCUUGACAGCUUGGUAAGGUCGGCUCUGCAGCCCUGCGGACAAAAGCUGGUAGGUUUGGGUUUGCUACUUUAGUUGGAAAAGUAAAGGGCUUGAGAAAGUGGGUGGGAGGAGGGAAGGAUUUUUUUUUUUAGGAGCCUUAAUCAAAAAAGGUCUAGAUUUGUCUAAAAAGAAAAAUGAAACCAGACCCAGAUCAAUAUUUUAGGAUACUAGAUGUUUUCAUGGGUUCAGAAUCCAGUUUGUAGGAAGAUUUUUAAUGCUAAUAGUUUUUUUGGUUGCUCCUCCCCAGCUGCCACCCCCACCCACCACCCUUAUUCCUCUCCACAUUUUCUACCCCACCCUAUGCCUCCUUCCUGACAGUCAUCCAGCCCUCCUAGCAACACUUAAGGCACUAUGGCACUUAGCUCUGAAGUGACACGACCCUGUCUUCCUUCCGCCUGCUGGUGGGUAACCAGUGCCUUCCCUGUAAUGGUAAUGCUGCAGAACUGCAACCUUUUGUACCUUUCUUUGGGGGAUGGGGUGGGGGUGGGAGAGGAGGUAGGUGGGGAAGAAAUAUCCUGAACACAACAAGCCUCCAGCCAGAAUGCCAGCUAUUUUGCAUUUAAAGGAAUUGACUUCCACAUUCAUUGAGCUUUGGAAAAGAUUACAACCUCAAGAUGGUUAAAAUCCAUUGACAUUUGCACUUUCAGACGUGACAAGUCUCGGAGCUGCUGAGAUGACUGGCCCUUGGCCUUUCCACUUUUGCCUCUUUUUUCCCCAUACCUGCCACCCUGCCCUGGUCUAGAGUUACUUUCAUAGCAUUUCUCACUCUUGGCUUCUUUUUUUUCCCCCUGAUGGUCAAGUUUCUUGUGUUUCAAUAUUUCUUAAAUGGGGUGUCUUAUAACAGAAGAUCCUUAGGUUUAAAAUAAGAAAAAGAAAACUAAAUGUUAUUUUUAUACCACAACUUGAGUCUAUUGCCAAAAUCUGGAAAUCGCUCCCAUGCCUGAUGAGUUUACAUCCCGGAAACAUUGAGCCAUCAGAA